AUGGUCUAUUUUGAUGACAUCCUUAUUUACAUGGAAACACGUGAAGAACACGUGAAACUGGUCUGCUCAGUGCUUAAAAAACUCCGGGCAUCAGAGCUGAAUGCAAAAUUGUCUAAGUGUGAAUUUCAAGAGAAAAUUGACUACCUUGGGUAUUGCAUCUCCCAUGAUGGCAUCGAGAAGGACCCAGGAAAGAUCCAAGCUGUCCCUGAAUGGGCCCCCCCCCGCACCCGCAAACAGUUGCAAAGUUUUUGGGGAUUUGCAAAUUUUUAUUGUCAAUUUAUUUCCUCGUUUGCCAGCAUCGCCCUCCCUAUUAUGAACCUCCUGAAAUCAAAAGGGGAGGCUAAACCUAGACCAGGAAAGCCCUUAAAUUGGACUAUGGAGUGUCAAGCCACAUUUGAAAAAUUUCAACGACUAUUUGCAGCAGAACCUAUUUUGAAACACCCAGACAUGGAUUCGCCAUUUGUGGUUCAGGCGGAGUAUGUGGCCUUUGCCUCCCUCUUCUUCAUCCUCAUCUCCAUCACCACUUUCUGCUUAGAGACCCAUGAGGCUUUCAACCACUUCAAAAACAAGACAGAAAUAAUAAAGACGGGGAACAGUACCAGCGUAAAGGUGGACUAUGAAAUGGAAACAGAACCGUUCCUCACCUACGUGGAAGGGAUGUGCGUCAUCUGGUUCACCUUUGAGUUCCUCAUCCGGGUCAUCUUUUGCCCAGACAAAAUGGAAUUCAUCAAGAGCACCCUCAACAUCAUCGACUUUGUGGCCAUCCUGCCCUUCUACCUGGAAGUGGGCCUCAGUGGCCUCUCAUCCAAAGCAGCCAAGGAUGUGUUGGGCUUCCUGAGGGUGGUAAGAUUUGUCCGGAUCCUAAGGAUCUUCAAGCUGACCCGGCAUUUCGUAGGGCUGAGAGUCCUAGGUCACACGCUGAGGGCCAGCACCAAUGAGUUCUUGCUCCUCAUCAUCUUCUUGGCCCUAGGGGUCUUGAUCUUUGCCACCAUGAUCUAUUAUGCUGAAAGGAUCGGUGCUGACCCAGAUGACAUAACGGGCAGCAAGCACACCGUCUUCAAGAACAUCCCCAUUGGGUUUUGGUGGGCUGUAGUGACCAUGACGACUUUGGGCUAUGGUGACAUGUAUCCUGAGACUUGGUCAGGCAUGUUGGUGGGAGCACUGUGUGCCUUGGCUGGUGUGUUGACCAUUGCCAUGCCUGUGCCAGUCAUCGUCAACAACUUUGGCAUGUAUUAUUCGCUGGCUAUGGCUAAGCAGAAACUACCAAAGAAAAAGAACAAGCACAUCCCACGAGCCCCCCAACCUGGCUCACCCAACUACUGCAAACCAGACAUGCAGUCCCCGCAUCGCAGCAACCAGGGUGACUCAUGCCCCUUGGCUCAAGAGGAGAUAAUCGAGAUUAAUCGGGCAGAUUCCAAAUAGAAUGGCAAUGCAGCAAACGCAGCUCUGGCUAAUGAAGAUUGCCCCACAAUUGAUCAGGCCCUGUCACCUGAGGAGAAGUCACCUGUCACACCUGGUGGCCGAGAGCGCUAUAAUCGUGACCGAGCCUGCUUCCUCCUCUCCACGGGUGAUUUUGGGCAGUCACCUGAUGGAAACAUCCGAAAAGGCUAUGAGAAGUCCCACAGCCUGAACAGCAUUGCUGGUCUACCUCCAUCUCCAGCACCCCCUUCCUUUGGCUCACCUGGUUCCGUCCGACGUCCUCGCUCGCCCAUUCCUUCCAUACUCUAGAGACACACCAGGAAUGCUUGGGGUUAGCUUGUAUGUUUGUUUCUUUAAAAAAAAAAGAAGAAGGAAAAGGAAAAAGAAAAGGUAAUGCCAAAAAAUAGGGGGGCAGAGUUAAAGGCAAAGAAAACACUCUCUGCCAAAUGCAUUGGAACACACGAAAUGCGGGAGACACCCAUAGAGGUGGUGUUGCACUAAAUUUGCACUUUCUGGAGCAUCCAUGAGAAUUCUGAGGCCCGAAGCCUUCGAUCCCCGUAGCUUUGAAUCAGGAGUACAGCUUAAGCAUCUACUGCGGGAGGAAGGGUAAGGGAUGGUUUGCUCUGAAAAUCCAAACACUCAAAAAGCAGGAGAGGAGAUGUGUCAAGGACAAACAUUGCAGGAAAGAGCCCAAGGCCCUCCUGUCUGGAUUCUCUGCAUCCUUCCCUUCAUCCACCUUACCAGACUGCACAGUAUUUCUCUGACCCUGGCUUUGCAGUUUCUCUCUGUUUAAUGCUCUUUCCCUUUUCAUCAUCUUACUCAGGACUUUAAUGAGCCAUAGAGCCUUCCUUCCUUCCUUUCCUUCUGUUUUGUGUCUCUCGGUCUGCACCUUGUUAUCUACGUUUGAUUUCUCUUUCCUUCCUAUCUAUCUCUGAACUUUUCCCAUAGAAAUAUCUAUCUCUCUGUUAAAUCUUCCCUCACAAACGACAUGUUUCCAGUCUUUCUACCUGUCUCUCCCUUAACUUUCCUUAUUUCCUUAAUGAGCGGUUCUGGUUCUUUAAACACAUGGACCCUCUACCGUUCCUCUGAAGAAGGCCAUCCACUCAUCUGCCUUGGGUCUUCUGUCUUUCCUUGGAAUUGUUCUUCUGUUCUGUGCAUGGAUCUUCCAUCAAUCACAAGCAAUAAGGUCAGACUCUCCCUUCUGCCUGGAUGCAUGAUAACGACUUUCCUAUGAUGUAGAUAAUCCAAGAAUAACCAAGUUCCCACAGAUGAAACAGCUGAGGGUAAGCGCAGAGACCAGGAUGGAGUCUGGGAGAAGGCAACUUCAACAUCUGACUAGGUUUGAAGGAGAAGCUAGAGAACCAUCCUCCUUCUUUUGCCUCUCUCUCCUUUCUUCUCUUUUGUUUGUCUCUUUUUCCACACACAGAAAAAGACAACGGAGCACUACUUGUUGAGGUGGGUGCUUUCACUGUGAUUUUUUUCCUGUUUCCAUCCAAAGUUGAGAUGGGAUGCUCUUUUGAUCUGAUUGCAAAAAAAAAAAAAGAGUGGGGAAAACAAAGAGAUAUGAGAACAACAACCAAGAGAACGCAGGAAAAAGAAAUCUAUUUUUCAACUGAAAAAGAAUAACCGCAGGAUCAGAAAAUUUAUUGGCAACUGCACAGGGAAAGAUAUUUCCCUAUGUUUCUUCUGGAACAAGAAAAUAUAGGACAUGUCACUGAGCACUUGAGUAUGGGACACCUGGUUUUUUCAAAGCAAUGCUGCUGAUACAGACAAACGUAAGGAAUAGCACCACCGAGCUAAACUAUUUAGAAUCUGCAUUUUCCAAGCCAGCAUGUAUUUGCAUGUAAUACUGUAAGCGACAAUAUUUAAUGUUAUAUGCAAAAGCAAAUGAAAAAAAAAUGACAAAAAAGAACUACAAAAAAGCAAAAAGAGGUAUAUUUUCCUUCAGGACUUGCAAUCCCCUGCAACAACAAACAUCACCAAAUUUAGCAAGUACCCCCUCCCCCUGACCUGUUUCCAUCCUGCAAGGGGGUAAGAAGCACUGCACAUUGUAGGAGGUGGAUGUAUCCUAAAGGGCUUUUUCCUUCCCUGGGCAUGUAUCACGGAUGGCGAUAAGAGCGAGCCCUUUGUCCUAGAGCAAAACCCAAGAGCUUCUUGUUUGUUAAGAAAAUGUUCAUAUGAUGUGAAAUAAUGCAAGGGGGAAGAGUAGCUUAUACUCAUUGCUAAUUCAAGUAGUAAAUUCCAGAGGAAAAGACAAGUAGGAGGGCAGCAAGGCUGGCGUUUUAUUAUGUGGACAUUGAGGAAGUAGCUUGGCGGGAAUAUAAAAGGCAGGAAUUUGGUCAAGCUGGGAAUAAGACAUUGAGAAAUGCUGUACUACAAUCCCUUGUAUAUAUAAAGGUGUUACCUUUAGCUGAUAUAUAUUUUAGCACAGGAAUUCUGUUUCAUCAGAGUGGUGUAAUACUCCAAGCGGCGUGUUCCUUUUGUAGAUGUUAUCUUAUUGGAGGCUACCAAUCUUCAGUGCCUCAGCUUCCAUUCAAAACCUGUUUUCCUAGCAAUUAAUUGUAGGAGAAAAAUUAAGCACCUCAACGUGGUUCAAAACUAUACACAACCAGUCUGGUUACCUUUUUUUUUUUUUUUUUUAGUGAGUGAUAAGAUUUGCAGAUUUGCACAGCUCAAGUUUUCCAAUGAAUGCACUUUUGAGGAAUGCAAAAUACCAUGUUUUGCAAGAUGCUCAGGACCGAAGAGGGAACUGUUAGCAGCAUGUUAGUUUCUUGAAGUUUUUAAAAAGAAUUUCUUAAGUCUACCCAUCCUGUGGGCAUAGUUCUGGAGUUGACUGUACCAACAACAUAUGUCACUGGCAGAUUGAUUACUUUGGCAGCAAAAUAUAUCUGGCAUGUUAUCAGAGUGUGAAUUAAGUGGGGAGAUUUGUAACUGGAGCAACAUGGAUCAUUCCAUAGGCAGUCUAAAAAUGUAGCUUUCUAAGGCCAAAUAUCACAAGUAGCUGAAGCAAUAGUUGUCCCACUAUCAUGUAUUGUUCUGUUGCCUCUUGUUGGCAGGCUUUUCAUUGACAAGCUACAAGCAAUGAAUGGCACAAACCAAGCUAUUCUGUGAAAUAUGGUCAGUCAGCAGUGAUCUGACUGUUUUAUGUUAUUGGUCCAUGUAAAGUCUGUGAGCAUGACUAAAUGCAUCACACCAACUUCAGUAUCUAAAUGGCUUCUUAGCAAAGGAAUAGGUAUCUCCAUUAAGUAAUUUUCUUUAUGACCUUAUGGUUAAAAUAACCAGCACCAGUUACAUACUGGUGAUAUUAGAUACAUAUCAUUAUGCUGGGUGGGUGUUCAAUGCCAGAGAGCUAAAAAAAUUAUCUGAAGGACCCUCUAGAAGCAUUUCUAGUAUAGAUUUGGUUGGUUGGUUGGUUGGUUAUAUUGAUGAUCUGCCUUUCCUUCUCUUCCAUAGCAUUUCCAAACACCCUACAAAAAUGCAAUGGUACAAUUUGUAAUAUUCAGUAGAAAAAAUAAUUAAAACAUAAAUUGCUUUUCUUUUUUGUUAGUUGUAUUAGAAAAAAUAUAUUGUUUAGUUUAGACUAGCAUUUUUUUUAAACUUGGCCAUUUUAAGAUGUUUAAGAUGCUGACUCCCUAGUCAGCAAAUCUGGCAGUUGAGGUCCAUAUUUAGUAAAGUUGUCUAGUUUGAAAACACUGACUUAGAAGACCAUGGGUAUCUAAACUGAUUUUUCUCUCUAGCUAAUGGCUACUACAUAUUAAUAGAUCAAAGGAACUAACAUAGUAAACAGUUGAGAUAAAACAAUAUAGACUUUUCUGACAUGCCAUCAGAUCAAAAGAAUUCAUGAUCCAUUAUUUCAACUGACAGUUGAAAAGGCCUUGUUUUCUUGAAAUAUUUGUCCUAAUGCCCAAUCUACAUCUGCACUUGUAAAAAAAAGUGCUAGUCUUCACUAUCAGAGUGGCAAAUGGUUGAAUAAAACAAGGAUGAUUAAAAAAACUAAAAGUAAAAAGAGGAAAGAUUGAAAUAUUUAUGGACAGAAAAUAAAUGGAGACAAAAAAAGUAUUUGAGUAAUACUGUCUCUGCUUAGUGAGAUAACAAACACAUAGAUUCUUUUUUUCUCCUUUUUUAUUGUUUCAUAAUACAAAUGUGGAAAUCUUUAACCUUCCUUCCUUCCUUCCUCCCCUUCCCUUCCCUUCCUUCCUUCCUUUUUUUCUGUGAACUAGUCUCUAUGGAGCAAAAGUUCUUAAAUUAGUGUAGAGAUGGAAAUAAAAGUAUAUUUUGGGUUAUAAAGCUAUGUUUGUAUGAGUGAAAAGAAUAGCUAGUGUCUUUUCUUAGUCUAUUUUUUUAAAUUGUUCCCAUUGACAAUAUUUUUUGACUGGUCAGAUUUAUGGAAGGGUUUACAAUAUAGUCAUGGUUGCUACAUUUGUGUGGGUAUGGUGUUUUUAUAACAAUAAAAUUGGUCUCCAAUAGAUAUGAAGAAUAUCUGGAAUUGAUUCUGGAUUGAAAUAAUUUAAUAUAUAUGAGAUGCAGUGACAAUUGAAUGAAUAUCCAUUAGAUUCAAAUGGAAUAAAAACUGUUUCACUUUGCUUUGCAAAUUUAUAGUUGCAAAAUCUUUAGGCUUGUUCGCUGAUUUCCUUUCCUUUUCCUGCACAUGAGGACCUCUUUAACCCACUUUUUGAAACUAACUAUGGAUCCCCAUUAUAUCUCAACUUGUAAAUCACAGUUGUUCUUGAUAGACUUUGUUAAAAGCCUUCAGAUCAAUUUAGAUGUGUGAUAGGAAAUUGUGGUUUGUUCCAAAACACGGGAUCAGAGCUCCCAGAAUUUACAAUGCAGAAUGAGGAAGAGAAAUGAUGCAAAUCUCAUUGUACACAAAAUAUUUUGUCAUUACAACUGAAUCAAGCAGGAUUUUAUUGAAAUAAAUAUUUUUUAGUGUAUUUUGAUAGCUUAGAUAGAUAAGGCUGCAGUUUCUACAUAAGUAAGAAAACACUAAAUACAGUCUUUCAGUUUCUACAAUUUGUUCUUCAUCCAUAAAGUUAUUAUUCCUAGAUGUAAUGUAUGUCAAUUAAUGUAGCAUAAUACCAUAAUUAAAUUAGCUAAGAUUUUUGGUAGAAAUAGUUAUUACUGUAUUUUUAAACUCCCGCCACAAUUUCUAUUUCAGCAUAAUUAGAAUCAAGAAAUAAUAAAACAAUAAAAUUAAAUUAAUUGCCCAACAUAGUAUAUUAAAAUCCCUCAAUUAAGAAAAGUUAUAUGGCCAAUUGAAACAAUAUUGUCCUGAAAGACAAUAAAGAUGAAAAGCAUUUUAGUAUGUUGAUGAAAUAACCAAAAAAAAUCCUGCCACAUGUAUUCAUUUCUCUGCUGCACAUCCCCUAAAUUACAUGAUUUCACAGGAAACUAUAUCACUGAAUUAAUCCAAAGUAAUUAAUACUUUAAUCAUAAUUUGAUUUAAUUAAUCAAAAGUCAGUUCCAAAGCCCUCUAUAUUUGAAGGCUGCAAGUGAUAUUAUAUGUCACCAAAAUGUCAUGCCAAUAGCAAGCACAUUUUAAUUAAAAAUUUUGAUCCUAAUAUAACCAAUUAAAGACUCCACUUCCUUGUUUUUGUAGUCUAGGAUGCUUGUUAAGAAACACACACACACAAACACAAACGUGUGUGUGUGUGUCUGUAUGUGUUUGUGUGUGAAGAAUUCCCCAGCC